AUGAGUACUGACUUCGAUAGAAUUUAUUUGAAUCAAUCUAAGGUAAACGGUAGAUUUCGUGUUGCCGAUUCUGGUUUAGGCUGGAAAGCUUCCAGUAGUGGUGGUUCUGCAGCUAAUAAAGCCAAGGCCCCAUUUUUAUUACCGGCAACAGAAUUAUCCACCAUUCAAUGGAGUAGAGGCUGCAGGGGUUAUGAAUUAAAAAUAAAUACUAAGAAUCAAGGUGUUCUUCAAUUAGAUGGUUUCUCUGAAGACGAUUUUGACGCAAUUAAAAGUGACUUCCACAGAAGAUUUAACAUCCAAUUAGAGCAUAAAGAGCAUUCUCUCCGUGGUUGGAACUGGGGUAAGACCGAUUUAGCAAGAAAUGAGAUGAUUUUUUCUUUAAACGGUAAACCAACUUUCGAAAUUCCAUACUCUAGAAUUAACAAUACUAAUUUAACUAACAAAAAUGAAGUUGCAAUUGAAUUUGAUAUCCAAGACGAAGAGUAUCAGCCAGCAGGAGAUGAACUGGUUGAAAUGAGAUUUUAUAUCCCAGACGCAAUAAAAGAGGAAGAAUCAGAAAAUGAACAAAUCAAAUCAGAAAGUGCAGAAGGUGCUGUCAAGGCAGAAGGUGCUGUCAAGACUGAAAAUGAAGAAGAUGUUGAAAUGAGUGAAAAUGAGAGAGAAGAAUUUGAAGAAAAAUCAAUGGCAGAAACCUUUUAUGAAGAGCUUAAAGAAAAAGCUGAUAUUGGAGAAACAGCAGGUGAUGUUAUUGUCUCAUUUCCUGACAUUUUCUUUACUACUCCAAGAGGUCGUUAUGACAUUGAUAUAUAUAAGAACUCUAUUAGGCUAAGGGGUAAGACAUAUGAAUAUAAAUUACAACAUCGUCAAAUUCAGAAAAUUAUUUCUUUACCAAAAGUCGACGAUAUUCACCAUUUGAUUGUCUUGAGUAUUGAACCACCAUUACGUCAAGGUCAAACAUCUUAUCCAUAUGUUGUUUUACAAUUCCAGAAGGAUGAAGAAACUGAAGUCCAAUUGAACUUAGAUGAUGCUGAUUAUGAAGAAAAUUUCAAGGAUACACUAAAGAAACAAUAUGACGCUAAGACACAUAUAGUUAUUAGUCACGUAUUAAAGGGUCUAACUGGGCGUAGAGUAAUUGUUCCAGGUUCAUACAAAUCGAAGUAUGAUAACUGUGCCGUUUCAUGUUCAUAUAAAGCAAAUGAAGGUUAUCUAUAUCCAUUGGACAAUGCAUUUUUAUUCUUAACCAAACCAACUCUGUACAUUCCAUUUUCUGAUGUAAGCUCAGUAAAUAUUUCAAGAGCGGGACAGAGCACAACUUCGAGAACUUUUGAUUUGGAAAUCGUACUUCGUUUCAAUCGAGGUAGUGUCACUUUCGGUAAUAUAAGUAAAGAAGAACAACAAUUAUUGGAAUUAUUUUUAACUUCAAAAUCUCUAAAGGUUAGAAAUGAAGAAAAAGAAAGUGAACAAAGAUUGCAAACUGCCUUAGGUUCUGAUAGCGAUGAUGGUGAUAUCAACAUGGGAUCUGCAGGCGAAGAUGAUGAAUCCGCUGAUGAAGAAUUUCAAGCUAGUUCUGAUGACGAUGAUGAUGUUGCCGAAGAAUUCGACUCUGAUGCCAACGCUGGAUCUGACAGUGAAGGUGACAAUGACGGUGAUGAUGAUGUGGUUUCAGAUUCUGAUAGACCAGUUAAGAAACCAAAAGUUGAGUAA